AUGCGUCAUUAUGCUGGCAUUGUUCGGUACAAUGUGAUCAACUGGUUAGAAAAAAAUAAAGAUCCGCUGAACGAUACGGUAGCAGCAUGCCUGAAAGCUUCUUCAGGCAAUAAGUUGCUUCCUGAAAUAUGGGCAGAUUAUGUCACGCAGGAAGAGCUUUAUAACUUUUCUUCAAAAAUGGCUAACUUGGUAUUUCCGGCUUCGCAUGCCGUCAAAGGCGGUCACAAGAAAAAGGGCAAAUCAGGAUCAUUCAUGACCGUAUCGAUGAUGUAUCGCGAAUCACUGAAUAAUCUAAUGAGUAUGUUAUACAAAACACAUCCGCACUUUAUCCGCUGCAUUAUUCCGAACGAGAAAAAAGAGUCGGGCUUGCUGGAAGCUGCUUUGGUGCUAAAUCAACUAACCUGCAACGGCGUGCUAGAAGGCAUUCGCAUCUGCCGUAAAGGAUUCCCAAACAGGACUCUGCAUCUUGACUAUGUGCAGAGGUAUGCUAUAUUAUGUGCCGAUGAGUCGAAAUCGAGUUCGGACCCAAAACAAUGCGCUAUUAAAAUGCUGGAACGUUUGGUGAAUGAAGGGACAAUGAAGGAGGAAAUGUACAGAAUUGGUCUGACCAAGGUAUUCUUCAAAGCGGGUGUAUUGGCGCAUCUUGAAGACCUUCGUGAUGAACGACUGGGAGAAAUUUUAACUGGUUUGCAAGCAAGAAUCCGAUCUUACCAACAACUGGUAUGA